AUGAGUAAUGAGGGUCCUCGUGAUUACAGAAAUAUAGCGUUGGAUGAGGAGGCGUAUGCGAGAUAUGUUUGUGAAAACACAAUCCAGUCGAUGCCUCAAACUGGCAAAAUCCCAGUGUUGUCGAUCCCUAGGUAUUCUUUCACUGCAUUCAGACUCACGUAUGCAUCGCCAGUGGAAAUAUCGCUAAGUGGCAGGUCCAUUCUUCUCGGUGGUGUACCUAACCUAUGGUACAUCCAGCACAAAAACAGCUUUCUGAGUUCACUUUAUCGAUUUGCCCACAAAAACGUGAGUUAUAAGGCACAAAAGGCUGGAAGAAAAGCCAGUUUCAUGAAGUAUCGGUCUAGUCGAAAAUCUCGGCGUGCAGGUGGCAUUACGGCGCGAAAUAUACGUCUUCGAAAAGAGCGGGAACAAAAAAAGCAGAACGAGACCGACCUUGACUUUAACGACCUUCAAGGGGUGUUAGAUCUGGCCCCUUCCACCAGACAGUCAUCGAGGAGGAGCUCUCUAUCAUCCGUAAGUGACGCAAACAGUAUUACUGUCGCUGCAAUCGAGGAGCACCCCAGAGUUCGGCAUUUAACAUCCGAAGAAGCCAGUUCCCAGCAAUCCCAGCAUUCUCAGCAAGCUCGGCACUCUCAGCAAGCUCAGCACUCUCAGCAAUCUCAGCAAUCUCAGCAUUUCCAACAAUCGCAGCAAUUUAAUAAUUCUCAGCAUUUUCAACAAUCGCAGCAUUCUUUGAUCAUCUCAGAAACUCGAAGUGAGUCGUCAGCAUAUGAGCGUCCGAAACUUGACUCACACCACACAGACGACCCAUCAAAACACCAUCGAGCUACUUUGAAUGAUGUUCGAACACCUUUCAAGAAGGAACUUCAAAAUGAUCACAAAGCUGGUAAGACCACAGUGAAAUCGGUUUCUCAAAUCGCGUUAAGCACGCGUUCAAGUUUCCAAAGUAGCAUGACGUCCGAAAAGUACUACUCGGCAGACGAAGGCUACGGUUUGACCGACGGAGAGUACAAUUUGGACAAUGAGAGACAAUACGCGGCUUCACAGCAAUACAAUUCAGUGGACGAGAAAUCUAGCUCAGAAGACGAAUUGUCGAACCCAACGCACGGCAAGUGCUUGAUAUCAAACCGAGCAGGCCGAUCCAAUUCUCCUAGCUCUGGACUCGAAACAGACACCUUAUCAGACAGCUCCCCAGAAACCAUCAAAUGCGGCCAAAAUAUCAAUGCUCCUCACUUUCAAAUGGGUAGUGCUCAACUUAUACAGCCUACAGUGGAAACCAGAAAGGCUUCUGCCGUAAAAUUCGAAGAGGAACAAAGUUUCAAAAACCUUCGGCAACUUUCUGCGCGAAACGCGACCUCGGAACUCGACGAUAUCGACUUUAGUGACGCACGCUCGAGUUCUUAUCCUCUAAGUUCCGCCGAAGAAGAUUCGACCUCUUCCACUAUCCUGCGGGGCUCUAAUAGAAAAAAUGGCCUAAAGUUAUUAAGUGCAACUCCAUACGUUUUGAGUCGACAAGAAUGCGCAGAUCUACAGGCCCUCGACAAUAAUCGCAAGAUGCUUAAAGAAGUCAAGAACUUUGUCAGCAAGACUGGUAAAAAAAUCCACUUAGACAAGCUCGACAAGCUGCACUUCAAUGUAAGCGGUGUCCUAGGUAGAGAUCUAGCUUGGUCUCAAAAGCUCUUCAGAAAAUAUCGAGCCGGUGAAGUAAUAAAGAUGGAAAAAAUGCUUGUUUUUGUAAAGUCAUCAAAAUCUGCCCGAGGUCCAUUACUUCAUUUUUCGGAUGUUGAACCAAUAGACACAAGGGUCGUGGAAAGAUGGAAGGAAUAUAUCGUGGUAGCGCGAGCUACAGGACGACCAGAUGCCCCACUGUAUCUACAAUUUUAUCACGAUCGGAAUAUACCUUAUGUUGACACGAGCAACAGCUACAAUGAACAAUUCAGAGCGAACUCAAUGGACUUCAUGCUUGACUCCUCCUGCAUGGUCGAUUUCUACAAUACUCUGGAUAAAACUAUUCAUGUAAUAAAGUCUUCCCGCUCAAGUCUACAAGAAAGCAGGGGAACAAAAGGCCAAUCCUCUGAAGACGUGGGAAAACUAAAGAUUUACAUAUUCAGGUGUGUUUCUUUCGCUGCGGCUGAAAAAUGGCUUUGGUUCUUGCGAAGAUCAAUGGGCCAUGUCAAUAGAUCACAAACUGUUACUAUCAGUAUUCCAGAAGUGGAAGUAUCGCUUGAGAUUCCGAUGUCGACAGAAUUACGCCACACAUUUGAUAGGAGAGGUUAUGCUGAAGAGGAUGAUUUUAAGGUUCUGAUUAUGCCAAGAGGUUAUAAACCCCUUGGCCUUCCAUUGGCAAGGUACCUGGAAAUCAUGAUUCUAAGCAAGCUUUUGGAAUGCGGGUUUGACAUGGCUUCCGUAGGAUGGAUACAAGCCAACACUAUUACUGGCUUCUGCUGGAAACACUAUGACAGACUCGAGUGGUGUCCGGGAUUUCAGUAUGACUCGGUUGUUGGCGGAAUUUCACUGCUAACGUCCCAUUUACUAGAGUAUCGAACUUUGACCCAUUAUCCAAGAUGCGUGAAACUAACACCGACAUGGACAUUGACUGAGCCUCCUGGGGUUGAAGGAUUUUUGAUGAAGUGCACGGAUCGAUAUGGAAGGGAAACUGAGAAAGUUCUCCACACCGCGUACUAUCGCUUCUUAUACUUUUUCACGUCAGAUGGACUUCUAUUCUUCAUGAAUUCCUUCAAGGGACUGCCUCCUCUUCCUGAUGAAAUGAUCAGCAAAAGCGGACCGUGUGCUUACGACAUCGAUCAGAUGAAGAAGAAGAUAACAUCGGUGCCGAAAGUCUUUGAACACAACCCUUAUCCUUUGAAUUUGGACAGUCACAUAGAAUGGCUAAAUGAAGAUAUCACACCUAGCGCAUUUGAAGAAAAAGACAAUGCUGCUUUUGCAGCAAUGUGGAGAAAGAUUGCUCUUGUUUUGAAGGCAGAGAAGAUAAUCGAUUUAACUGAGAUUAAAUCGGUUUUCAGAUUAAAUUCCAACAACGAGUAUAAAAAUACACUAAGAUACAAAAUUCUGACUAGGGCCAACAACUUUGUUUGGAAAGCCUCUAGUUCUGUCGAUGACACUGUGAAUUCAACAAUCGUUCUUUCGAUGAGAAACGGAUUGGAAGUUAAGCUUUUAGCACCUUCCCCUGAGUCUGCAGAAGAGUGGGUGUCAAGGCUCGGCUCUUUGAGCAAGUACUGGAAAUACAGGAAGGCAGAGGAUGUCAAAAGUAUGUGGUCAGCCAAAGUCGGGAACCUUUGCACCUUGAAAAUUCCGGAAUCGGAAGAAUCCAAUAUCAGUCAAGAUACGCCAAAAUGGGUAACAGACCGAGGAGUUGCAAAUGAAGAAGUGCACAAUAUAAGCUCACAAGCAUUGACUCGGCCGCUGAUGCAAAGUGGGGUUCUGUACCAAAAGCGUCACAAGCAUUCGAGCUUCAAGAAAUUUUUUGUUAUCCUGACACCGGGCUUCUUGAUACUGUACAAGUACUUCAAAAGUGCAAAAGUCAACCACUCUAAAGCAGUCGUUGACCACCGUCAUUACUUGACAAUCCCAAUCGAGGAAUGUUACGUAUAUAGCGGUAAUUUGACUUCGCUCGAUCUGUUGCAACGAGACAAACAAUUUGACCUCCUAAAUCCGGGCAAUAAUUCUCUUCCUAGGGUCUACCCAGACGGCUGGAGAUCCAGUGAAGACGAAUCUACAAGAUGCUUCACACUUUGGUUCGGUACCAAGAGAGCAGUUUCGAAUUAUAACUCCUUAUUCAAACACUCUGGUGAAAGCCGUCCCCACACUGCUGGUUCUAUGAAUUCGACAGAAGAGUCAGAUUUAACAGAAAGCAAAAACAGACCAAAUACAAGUUCCUCUGGUGCUGGCGAACUAAGCAUGGAGGAAAAUCUUCAGAAAAAAACUGGCGCUUUUCGGCUAGCCAGCAGGCUUGGCGUUGCAGGUAAGUCGCUAGUUUUCAUGGCUCGCUCUCGGCAGGAGAGGGAUCAAUGGGCGCUAAAAAUUCAUUAUGAACUAGGAAGACUGAGGACUAAUAACGAAGAUAUGUAA